UGAAGAUGGUGAAAUUGGCCUUGAGAGGAUAAUACAAUCUGAACGCACUCUAGAAGUAUGAGGUUUCCAAAUGGCGUAACGCAUGAUUGCCCUAUCUAGUCAUGAAACAACUAAGGUUGAGUUAUUAAUGGCGGGAAAGCUGGAAGCUGGAAAGCGGGCAAACGGACAAAAAAAGAGAUAUAGAUAGUGAAACCAGUGAUUCGGAUUUAGACGAAGGAGACAUAAGAAGAAGAAUUCAGUUGCGUAGAGUUCGAUAAAAGCCUCUAAAAAUUGAAAGUUAUGUUGAAAUAAUAGUUCCAAGAUUAAACACACAGCAGUUUAGAAGGCAUUAUCGCAUGACCCCAACAAUAUAUGAAAAUUUAAAGACAAUCCUCGAUCCUAUACUCUCGAUUUCCAAAAGAAAAGAUGUAAUUCCAGUGAGAAAACAAUUACUAGGAACAAUACGGCUAUUAGGAACACCAGAUUCUUGUCGUUCUGUAGGGGAGAGAUUUGAUCUCGCUAAGAGCUCAUUAAAUAAAAGUUUUAUGAGAAUCAUUGAAUGUUUAAAUGAUAUAGGAAGUCAAAUUAUUUCAUGGCCAAGAGGGAAAGAAUUUGAUAGAGUGAAAGAAGAUUUCAACAAAAAUUCACCGUUGCAAGGCAUAAUUGGUGCCAUUGAUGGCACACACAUUCUCAUAAAAGCUCUUAAGAUAUUUAUAUUAUUGCUUUAUUGUAGCUUUAAUGUAGAUAUAAUUAAAAUUAGGAAGAAAGAAAAAAUAGUAUCAUGCAUUUUUUUCCAGAUUGAUACACAAUAUUACAAAACUUAUAAGAAAACAUAUAUAGCUAUAAUUUUGCAAGCAGUCUGUGAUGCUUGUAUGAAAUUUACUGAUUAUUUUGCGGGAUUUGCGGGUUCAGUUGGAGAUCUAAGGGUCUUCAGAAAUUCUGAUUUGUGGAAAGAAAUUCAAGCACAUAAACAGUCCUACUUCCCAAACGACGAAUUUAUUAUUGGCGACAAGGCAUACCCUCUUUUAACAUACUCUUUCAUCAAAACAGUAAUUGAACGUACAUUUGCUCUACUAAAAGGUAGAUUCCGAAGACUGAAAUUUCUUGAUAUGAACGUUGAUAAGAUGACACCUUAUGUCAUAAUUGCCUGUACAGUAUUACAUAAUAUAUGCUUGGAUGGCAUUGACCAUAAUGACAUAGAGGAUUUCAUACAAGAAGGUAUGGAAGUGGAAAAUGAUGAAACUUACAUUGAACAUAUACUUAAUGAAAAAGCAGGAGAAAUAAAACGUGAAUACUUGUGUAUACUUGUUGCUGAAGCUUAAAAUUUAAUCAUUUCUCUUACAAAGAUUUUUAUUUUAAUUAAGAAAAUAUAAUUCAAUUCAAAAGAUAUUAUAAUUUUAGAAUUAUAAAGAUAUUAUAAUUCAGAUUUGUAAUAUUUAGCAGAGCUCAAAUAUCAAGUCAAAUAUAUAUUGUAAACUUAUUUAUGUAAAUAUAUUUUUAUAAUUUAUAACUGAAUGCAUAACAUACUUUGGCUGAGUAAAAUUUAAAACCAAACAGA